GCGAGGCAGCGCAAAAAAUACACCAAUUUGACGAUAAUAAGUGAAGUGGCUUGUGGCGGCGUCGGCGGUGUCUAUUUCACUUUGCUGACCCGCACGAUGUUUUGCGAUUAAUUAGCCAAGUUGCGCAAACAUCGUAUCGAGCCAUGAGGUGCGCGCCUCUUUUUACACCUCUAGUCCUUGUAUCGCGGUGCUGCUCGAUGCAAGUCAUCGUCAUGUGCAGCGCAAAACGACUCGCACUUCAAUUUAUUUCACGUUUUUCCGUUUGAUCAAUGAAAACUGCAUCGCGGGCUAAUGAAACAAAAAUUGAUGGAUUCGUAAUUCGUCCACUUCGCAAAGAUUCUAGUCGUAUACCUGUGAUAUUACAUAUCACAAUUGCAAUAUGCCAGAAAACGUAGAAUUGCAGCAUCUAGUCGACGCGGAUAUAGAGUGCCAAAAUCCACCGCGACAAAGUAAUAUUUCUUUACCAAAGUGCAAAACAUGUCCUUAUCUUGGCCUUAUCUUAGCUACAGUAUCAUCCUUGUUUUUUUCAUUAUGUAGUGUCAUUGUUAAAUAUUUAGUAAAUAUAAAUCCUAUGGAGUUAGCUGCCUUCAGAUUUGUAGGAGUUUUAUUACCAGCAAUUCCAAUUGUUAUAUACAAAGGGGCUCAUCCUUUUCCUAAAGGAAGACGUCUCAUGUUAAUCUUAAGAAGUUUUAUAGGAGCUACGGGGCUAAUGUUAAGCUUUUAUGCUUUUAGACACAUGCCUUUGGCAGAUGCAUCUGUAAUUGUCUUUUCAGUACCAGUAUUUGUAGCAAUAUUUGCCAGAAUAUUUUUAAAAGAGCCAUGUGGUCUGUUCAAUGUAGUUACAAUAUGCUUGACACUCAUAGGUGUUGUAUUGAUUACCCGUCCACCAAUUAUAUUUGGUAAAACUGUGAAUUCUUUGACAGAUAGUAAUAUAGAUACUGAGCAAGAGGAUUUAUGGGGUGCAAUGGCAGCUCUUUCUGCCACCUUAUUUGGGGCUAAUGCAUAUGUCCUUUUAAGGGCUUUGAAAGGGCUGCACUUCUCUGUUAUAAUGACCAAUUUUGGAUCUUUUGCUUUAGUUCAAACUGUUUUAGUUUCUUGGGCUAUUGGAGCUUUGUGCUUGCCUCAAUGCGGAAAAGAAAGAUUGUUAAUAGUUGCUCUAGCUCUUUUUAGUUUUGGAGGACAAAUACUAUUAACAUUGGCACUUCAGAUGGAACAGGCUGGGCCAGUCGCCAUUGCCAGGUCAGCAGAUAUUGUUUUUGCAUUUUUUUGGGAAAUACUAUUUUUCAAUGAAAUACCAAAUAAAUUUUCAAUUGGUGGAGCAAUUCUUGUCACAAGUUCAGUAUUGCUCACAGGAUUGAGAAAAUGGGCUAUUUCUCUACCAGAGACUUCUAGUGUCAAAAAAUCGUUGGGUUUUCUCACCCUCUAGUGACCUUAAAAGUAUUGAUUAAACUGUAAUACUAAAAUAAGAUAACUUGUAUAAGUUAGUUGGCCAUAUAACUUAUGCACUUUUAUAGAAUCAAAUUAAUUAAAACGAUUUUGUACAAAAGUAUAGAAUGCUUAAAAAUACAUUGCAUUAUCAAAAAAAGCACAUAGAACUGGCAAUAGAAUCGGGCAUAUGCCAAAGACUAGGUAAAAAUGAAAAUUUUCAAAUUUUAAUCAUGCGAUUUUUAUUCAAGAUUUUUCAAAAUUGAAAGUGGUUUCAUAUUAAUGUUCUCUUGAAGAUGCUUAAUUUUUUGUACUGAAAAAUACUGAAUAUAAAUUUCAAAGAAAACUUGAAAAUUUUUGCUUUUAUUUUAAAUAAAGACGUCGCUCUUAAAAAAAAUUAAAAAAUCAAUUAAAAUACUAACGCACAUUAUGAAAAGCAAUAUUUGAGUUAAUUUACAAUCUAUUGUAAAUUUAUAAUUUUGGAAAAUAAGUGUCAUUUUGCUAAAAAUAGACCAUUCAAAUAUUUUCUAGCGUUUGGUUUAGUAUCAAAAAAUGUAUACAAAUUCCAUUCUCAAAUUAUACAAAUUUUCCGUAAGAUACCUCGUAUCACGAUGGUUUUCAAAAACAAAAUUGUCACACAGACGCGACUGAUAUCACUUGAAAAACGCUCAUCCUUUUUAUCUUUAUUUUACGAACAUGACAGCAAACGAAUUUAUGUUAAUUAUACUGGUAGUGUUCAAUUAAUACUUUUCAUUAAAUUAGAAGCUUAGCUUGAAAAAUUGUAGCAAACAAAUAUUGAUGUAUUAAAUGGUGGUCCAUAUGUAUAGUUAAAAUGGUGCAGCGAUCUUGUUUUAAGCCUAUAGAUGAAUUAAGACUUUGUACUGAAUCAAUGAAACUCAUUGUGCAUUUAUGUAUUAUGAAACUCUUAUUUUAUUGUUCAUGACGAUAAAUAAAUUUU